AUGUCUCACAUCGUCGCUAUCGCUGGUGGCUCUGGUGCUUUGGGUCGAACUCUCGUCGAUGCGCUGAAGAACAGCGCAUACAAGCCCUUGAUUCUCGCUCGCCAGUCCAAUCAAGCAUUGGAAGGUGACAUCGGCGUCCCGGUUUUGCAAGCCGAUUAUUCCAAUCAAGAUUUGCUAGUUCAGCUUUUCGAGAGCCACAAGAUCGACACCGUCGUUUCCUGUAUCACAAACUACGACGAUAGUCAUAACAUCGAGCUCAACAUCAUCGCAGCAGCAGAGCGAGCUAGCGUCACGCGUCGCUACAUUCCCAGCAUCUGGUCUGGAUUUGACUACACAACUGGACAAGGAAAAGCCAGUCCUUUUGCAGCGUCAAGAAUAGCGCUCCUAGACGCUUUGAGCAUGACGAAGCUCGAAUGGACAGCAAUCUUCCCCGGCAUCUUCCUUGACUUCUACACACUGUCAAUUCCAUCCUACACAAAGAGAUCUGCGCUGGCCAUCGACAUGGACGGAAACGCGGCCGGUCUUCCUGGUGAUGGGAAUUAUCCGGUCUACUUCACUCACACCACCGACCUCGCCAAGUACACAACUGCUAUGCUUGGGCUCGAACACUGGGAGAAGAAGUACUUUGUAUAUGGUGAUAGGAUGACAUGGAAUGAGGCCGUCGCGGUUGCCGAGGCUGCAAAGGGUGUCAAGUUCAGUGUGGCGUACGACCCAAUUGAGAAACUGGAACGUGGGGAGAUAACCGAACUUCCAGGCCAUAAGGCGACAUACGCUCAUCUACUUGGCAGCCACAGUGCAGAUGCAAAGGCAAUGUUCCAGAAGAUCAUGGCUGGAGUAGCGGUCUUCAUGGCGGAAGGCCAGAUGGUGUACAAGGGACCGUUGCUCAAUGAGAUCUUCCCUGCAAUCAAACCGUUGAAGGUCACGGACGCGAUGAUACCGAACACUGCCGCUUAG